AGGGCCUCCGGCUCAGAGCAUUUAUAACAACUUGGAAUGCGGUGCUUUUCAACGCGCUCCGUCCCAACGGUGACUUCCCGGCGGCAACUUUCCGAUCUGGGCGAUCAUGUGCCCCUCGCCGUAACCCUCCCCACGCACCUGAUCGCUUCUCCUCGGCCUUCCUCACCUCCUGCUCGCCAUGGAGUCUCUGGCCUUCCCCAGUCGCCCGGGCCCGGCGGCUCCCUCUUCCGCCACCAACCUGGCCACGGAGCUCCCCCGGGCCCUGGGCGACAGGCUCAUCCAGUCGCCCAAGCCCCUGAUGAAGAAGCAGGCGGUGAAGCGACACCACCACAAGCACAACCUGCGGCACCGCUACGAGUUCCUGGAGACCUUGGGCAAGGGCACCUACGGGAAGGUGAAGAAGGCGCGCGAGAGCUCGGGGCGCCUGGUGGCCAUCAAAUCAAUCCGGAAAGACAAAAUCAAAGAUGAGCAAGAUCUGAAGCACAUACGACGGGAGAUCGAGAUCAUGUCGUCACUCAACCACCGCCACAUCAUUGCCAUCCAUGAAGUGUUUGAGAACAGCAGCAAGAUCGUGAUUGUCAUGGAGUACGCCAGCCGGGGAGACCUGUAUGACUACAUCAGCGAGCGGCAGCGGCUGAGCGAACGCGAAGCCCGGCAUUUCUUCCGGCAGAUUGUCUCUGCCGUGCAUUACUGCCACCAGAAUGGGAUUGUCCACCGAGAUCUCAAGUUGGAGAACAUCCUCUUAGAUGCCAAUGGAAAUAUCAAGAUCGCCGACUUUGGUCUCUCCAACCUCUACCACCAAGGCAAGUUCCUGCAGACAUUCUGUGGGAGCCCGCUCUAUGCGUCACCCGAGAUCGUCAACGGGAAACCUUACAUGGGCCCAGAGGUGGACAGCUGGUCCCUGGGUGUUCUCCUCUACAUCCUGGUGCAUGGCACCAUGCCCUUUGACGGGCAGGACCACAAGAUGCUGGUGAAGCAGAUCAGCAAUGGGGCGUACCGAGACCCACCCAAGCCCUCAGAUGCCUGUGGCCUGAUCCGGUGGCUCCUGAUGGUGAACCCCACCCGCCGGGCCACACUGGAGGAUGUAGCCACUCACUGGUGGGUCAACUGGGGCUACGCCACCCGUGUGGGGGAGCCGGAGGCUGUGCGCGAGGCUGGGCACUCCAGCAGUGACUCUGCCCGUGCCUCCGUGUCCGACUGGCUCCGCCGAUCCUCCCGCCCACUCCUGGAGAACGGGGCCAAGGUGUGCAGCUUCCUCAGGCAGCACGCGCCUGGGGGCAGUGGCAGCACAAUGCAGACACCUGGCCUGGAGCGCCAGCACUCGCUCAAGAAGUCCCGCAAGGAAAAUGACAUGGCCCGGUCUCUCCAGGACAACCUGGCUGAGGACUCCUGUCCUCGUCCUGGGAAGGGCAGCCUCAAGCUGCCAAAGGGCAUCCUCAAGAAGAGGGCGUCAUCCUCCUCGGAGGGGGCACAGACGGACGUGCAGGAGCCCAGCACUGUUCCUGAGGGCACCGGGCAGGCCGCCCCCCUGCUCCCCAAGAAGGGCAUCCUCAAGAAGUCUCGGCAGCGCGAGUCAGGCUACUAUUCCUCUCCAGAGCCCAGCGAGUCUGGGGAGCUCCUGGAUGCAGGUGAUGUGUUUGUGAGCAGGGACCAGGAUGAACAGCCACCGCCCCAGCCCCCGGGGCUGCUCUUCCAUCCCAAGGGCAUCCUCAAAGUCAACGGGAAGUUCUCCCGCACAGCCCUGGACCUCACAGCACCCACCACCUUCGGCUCCCUGGACCAGCUGGCCACUCCUCUCGCCCCAGCCCGGGCCAGCCGCCCCUCCCCAUCGGGGGCCGUGAGUGAGGACAGCAUCCUAUCCUCUGAGUCCUUUGACCAGCUGGACUUGCCUGAACGGCUCCCCGAGCCCCCUCUUCGGGGCUGCGUGUCUGUGGACAACCUCACGGGGCUUGAGGAACCCCCCUCCCAGGGCCCUGGCAGCCGCCUGAGGCGCUGGCAGCAGGACCCCCUGAGCAGUAGCUGCUUCUCCCUGACAGGCUGCCAGGAGGUGACGGAGGCCUACCGCCAGGCCCUGGGGGUCUGCUCCAAGCUCAGCUGAUGGUCCGGUCCUGGGGCGUUGGCCCAGCCCAGCCAGGCUCUAAGAUGCAGCUGGCUGCACUUGUGGGCACAGCACCUCCUCCCAGGACCCAAAUCUCAGCUGAGGGUCUGCAGUGGAGCCCUGGAUGGGAGAGGGGGUGAAUCCAGUGCUCCAAGGGUUCAGUGUCUUCUGCCUGAUGGAAGCAGGAAGGUGACAGAGGAAUGGGAAGGCAACAGCAUGGUCCAGGCGCCGUGUCUUGUAUCGUGGAAGGGCUGUGGGGACCUGGAAAGAGCGCUCCAUCCGGGUCUGCAUCCUGGUUGCCAUGAGUUUCGAUCCUGGUGCCUUCUAAACAUAGCCCCGCCCGGGCUCAUCCCUAUCAAAGUGGGCAGGGGCAGUCUUCACACCGUUCCACCCCACCAACCACGGGAGCUGGGGGUGCCUGGAGGACCCUGCCUCGUGCAUCCCAGGAGUAAAAACAGCCUCUGCUUCCUCAAAGGUUCUCUUUUCCCAUCCUCCGCUCCAAGUCCCGGCUACCUGAAGUGGCUGCUUAUGAAUUUAAAAGACUUGAAAAGGCUCAGGCUGCUGUUUGGCCUCACCUCAGGAGUCCAGGUUCCUCUGGACCCCACCUUGGACCUCAGAGACUCAAAGUUCUGUGCCUCUAAGCUGCUCCUGAAGUCUAGACUGUGGAUGUGUCUGUUUCUCUGGGCUUUCAGGGCCCUAGGAUGUCCUUAUUUAUUUUUAAAUAGUUUAUGUUCUCAACUCUGUUUUUUUAAAAAAAGGUGAAUCUUGCUGUUUUUCAUACUGUGAAUGCUAUGUUUGGUGGAGAUCCACUAUGACGUCUAAGUUCCUGUACGGAGAGGUAUUUUUGUUUCUUUGUUUUUUGGUUUUUUUGGUACCGAGGAUCAAACUCGGGUCCUUGCGCUUGUGAGGCAGGCAGCGGAACCACUGAGCUAAAUCCCCGGCCCCAGAGAGGUAUUUUUGCAGGAUGCCCCAUGAUCAGGAGAGGGAGUCUUUUACAAACCCAUAUGUUCUUUGCACUGUCUGGAAAUGGAUUGCUGGCUCCCUUCAUGCUGCGCCCUGAUGCUGUCUAUCCUCCUUUGUGGCCAGAAAAAAACACUCCAUUAAAACCAGAAUAGUGAUUUGAGAAAAGGCUUC